CCGAUGUCCCCGGUCAUGCCCCUAAUCACUGCGGUCUACUCCGUGGUGUUUGUGGUGGGAUUCGUGGGGAAUUGCCUCGUAAUGUAUGUUGUCAUCAGGUACACGAAGAUGAAGACGGCCACCAACAUCUACAUCUUCAACCUGGCGCUCGCCGACGCCCUGCUGACGUCCACCAUGCCGCUGCAGAGCGCGUGGAACCUUCUGGACUCCUGGCCGUUCGGCGAGACGCUCUGCAAGCUGUGCGUGUCCGUGGACUACUACAACAUGUUCGCCAGCGUGCUCACGCUGACCGCCAUGAGCGUGGACCGCUACGUGGCCGUGUGCCACCCCGUGCGGGCGCUGGAGUUCCGCACGCCGCUCUGCGCCACGGCCGCCAACGUCGCCGUCUGGGUGCUGUCCUCCGCCGCCGGGAUCCCCGCCCUGCUGCUGGGGGGAACCGAGACCGCUAACGGCACCACGACGUGCGCCCUGCGUUUCCCGGACCCGUACGAGUUCUGGGACGCGGCGGUGAACGUGUGCGUGUUCGUGCUGGGCCUGGUGCUCCCCCUGCUGGUGAUGGCGGGGUGCUACGCGCGCUUGGUGCAGCGGCUGCGCGGCGCGCGUGCUCUGUCCCGCGCGCGGGGGCGGGGCCGGGGGCGGGGCCUGCGCCGGGUCACCCGGCUCGUCCUGGCGCUGGUGUGCGUGUUCGUGGCCUGCUGGACGCCCAUCCACGCGUUCGCGCUGGCCCGCGCGCUGGGCAGCGUGCCGGACUCGCCCCCCGUCGCCGCCGCCUACUACGCCUGUGUGGCGCUGGGCUACGCCAACAGCUGCCUGAACCCGCUGCUCUACGCCGUCCUGGACCAGAACUUCAGGCGCCGCUUCCGCCACUUCUGCCGGCCGGCGGGGCCGCGCUCCCAUUGGCCCAGCGGCAGCCGGGGGCGGAGCAGCCUCCGGGACUCCGCCCUCCAGGCCGAGGACACCGAUGGGCCCGCGUGA